AGCGCAGCCGGAGGCGGAGCCUGAGCCGGAGGCGGUUCAGUGUCGGUUCUGCUGAAAGGGCUUUCCUCGUUUUCCCACCGGCCACGCACGAAGAAAUGGAUUUAACUACUUGUAUGAAGUCUCUACUACUGGCUAUUAGCCAGUAUAAAAAUGUUAAAUCAGAAGUCAACGCUUCACAAGUCCAGAGACAAUUGGAUGUGAUCUAUGGAAUGAAGGCAGUGAUGGUAUUUGCAUCAAAUCAGAGUUUACCAAGUGAAUGCUUGAAUAGUCUUGUAGAGCUUAUUGCGGAUCCUAACACAACUGUGUCCCUUACUCUGAAGAUUAUUGGAUUACUUACACAAUUAGCAUCAGACAAUGAAAGCAGAGAGGCUUUGAAUACCAUAUAUAACCUCAUCAGCACACUUGCAGCAGUGGUUCAUCAUAAUAGUGCAACUCCCAGCGAGCAAGUUGUACUGCAGAGCAUGCAGCUUCUACAGAAAAUAACUUACAACACCAGAGUUUUUCAUGGCAGUGCAAAUAUUGAUGAUUUGUUUGCAUUUUUAGUCAAACAUAUUCAAGCACCAGAGGAUGAGAUAACAAUGCCAUGUUUAGGAUUAAUGGCAAAUCUUUGUCGUCACAAUGUUGCUAUUCAAGCUCAUAUCAAAUCUUUGAAUUACAUAAAAGGAUUUUACCGGACUCUGAUUAGAUUUUUAGGUCACAGCAGUUUGACUGUGGUGGUUUUUGCGCUAUCCAUACUGGCAAGUCUAACACUAAAUGAAGAGGUUGGCGAGAAGCUAUUUCAUGCCAAAAAUAUCCAUCAGACUUUUCAGCUUAUAUUUAAUAUUCUGAUUAAUGGAGAUGGAACACUGACCAGAAAGUAUACUGUUGAUCUGUUAGUGGAUCUUCUCAGAAAUCCAAAGAUUGCAGAUUAUCUUCAAAGAUAUGAAUACUUUAACUCAUGCCUGUCCCAAGUUCUAGGUCUUCUGCAUGGCAAAGACUCAGAUUCAGCAACAAAGAUCCUUGAAUUACUACUUGCUUUUUGUUCAGUGACCAGUCUCCGCCGAAUAUUAUGCCACGCAAUGUUCGGGGCUUCCUUUCAGCAAUCACUUGUAGCAACUAAACUCAAACCACAAGUUAAACCUUCAGAGCCAAUCAUUAGCCUCCUUCACUGGUCCAGUCAGCCACUGGAAAAUCCUGAGAGUUGCUCAUUGCUGGCUCUGGUACUUCUCAAAGAGUUGUUUGAGGAAGUGGUAGAUUCUUCUCUUUGGACUACACUUCAGCCAUUUCUGGAGCUACUUUUGCCUGUUCUCUUGGAACAGCUUCAGAUUCCAGAACAUCCUCUUGAGGGCGGUCUUGUAAAGAAAAAAUAUGAUCGAAUUGCCAAGACUAUUGAUGUUCUGUUAGUCAUUUGUGGAGAUGAUACAAUGAAACUUCACGUUGCUAAGGUUCUGACUGUGAACAACUGUAUUUCACUUCUGGAACAUCAGUUUACACACAACAGGAUGGAAAUUGGCUAUGGGAGCAAGGUAGAUUUAGAGCUAUGCAAAACUGGCACUGAUAUUAUUUUGAAAACUCUUCAAAUUAUGAACAGAGUGAACCAAUUAGUGCCCAAUAUGGAAGCAGGUUUCUAUAAAAUUUUGCAGGACCAACGACUCAUUACGCCUUUGUCAUUUGCUUUGACUUCAGAGCACAGAGACCAUGUGCAACUUGGAUUACAGAUUUUGUUUGAGGCAGCGCCUUUACCUGAAUUUCCUGCUGUACUGCUUGGAGAAGCGAUUGCUGCAAACAAUGCCUGUAAGCAGCAACAAUUUGAACAUGUAACGAAAAAAAAUCCUGUACAGCAACAUUCAACAAACUUUAUAGCCUCUUGGAAUGGUUCUCAUCCAAAGCCUUCAAAUAAUGCCAGUGCUUCCAGAGAAAAUAUUCAUGAACUAAUUCAGAAGCUGCAGUCGGGAAUAGAGCUGAAGGAACAAGUCAAGGAUGUGAGACUUUCAGAGAUGAUGGAUGUGUAUGAACAGAAGCUGUCAUCUCUUGCAUCCAAGGAAACUCGCUUACAGGACCUGUUGGAAGCUAAGGCACUGGCACUCGCACAGGCUGAUCGUCUGAUUGCCCAAUACCGCUGUCAGAGAGCCCAUGCAGAAGCAGAGGCACGGCAACUGGCUUCACUUCUGAUGGAUGCAGAGAGAAAAAAUGAAGAACUCGAUGGAGUACUGAAGACCCAACUGAUGGAGACUGAAUGUGCCAAAAGCGAUAUGGAGCAACUUUUCCAGGACAAUCGUAAAUUACAGACUGUUGCGGAAGAACAUGAAUCUUUAAAAGUUGAAUCAGUGUAUCGGGCUCAAAGACUUGAGACUGUUGAAAGACAGCUAAAAGAACUUCAGACUGAACACAGCUCUUUAAACAAACAAACCGAAACGCUUAAGAAACGUCAUGAUUCCCUUAAACAACAGAAUGACAAAUGUAUUCUUCAAAUGAAAGAGUUUGAAGGGCAGAGGAAUGAAUUAUGCAAGCAGAUACAGGAAAAGGACAACAAAACAUUAGGUUUGCAACAAAAGAUCAAGGCACAAGAGGAAAAGGCAAAAAAGAUGGAGAAAGAAAAAAAUGACAUGGAAGAAACUAUUGACAUUCUUAGAAAAGAACUGAGUAAGACAGAAUUAACAAGAAAAGAGCUCAGCAUUAAGGUUUCGUCCUUAGAGGUACAGAAGAUACAGUUGGAGGGACGUUUGAAAGAAAAGGAAGCUCUUCUUAAAGUUCAAGAGGAGGAACUUGGCAAGCACUCACAUAUGAUAGCAAUGAUUCACAGUCUGAGUGGUGGCAAAGUACAAACAAAUACUGUAAAUCUCAACUUGUAGCCUUUGCUUUUAUGAUAUUUCAAUCUAAUUAUUCAUAGAAAUAGAAUUGAUUUUGCCUUGCAGUUAGCAGACCUAAUACCCUAUACUCUGUGGGAUUGGAACUACAUAUUUAUUCUCAGUGAAAUAUUUGUAGCCAGUUCCCUAAUGGUCUUGUGGGAAAAAGAACCUCCUAACAUAUAAGUAAACAUACAGGUCAGAAGAGAGAUUAAUUCAAAUUCUGGUUUCUGCUUUUUUUUUGGUCAGCCAGGCGUCUGACACAUAUGGAAACCCAUC